AUGCUUAUCCCCUAUGCUGACCACAUAACCUUGAAUAGGGUUGUGUUGUUACAGUUCUCAGUGUCAUUUGAGGAUGUGACAGUGGAUUUCAGCAAGGAGGAGUGGCAAAGCUUGGACCAUGGUCAGAGGCGCCUGUACUGGGAUGUGACACUGGAGAACUACUGCCACCUUCUCUCAGUGGGGUACCACAUUGCCAAAACAGAGACUGUCUUCAAGUUGGGGCAAGAAGAGGAGCCAUGGACGCCAGAGGAGGAAGCCCCACAGGAGAGCUGUUUGGGUGAGGCUAUUUGGAAAAGUAAACAGCAGGAAAUUUCUGGAGAGGUUCCAUUUCACUGUGAGACAUUUGAUCUACCCACAGAAAAUUCCUUAUGUUCUAUUUUAGAACUGCGGCAAGAGAAUGACCAGCGAGAGCAAUGUCAGGAAAACCCACGAAACCCUUUAAGCCAUGUCAAAGUAUUGAUUAAGGACAAGGCUUAUGACUGUCAAAACAUGGGAAAAAUAAUUCACAAAACUACCAAGUUUAUUCCCCUAAUUAAAGGACUCCAUCACUGUGGCACAUCUGGAACAAGAUUGAAGCAUGUUUUAAACUUAUAUAGUCAGAGUAGAAUCACUCCAGAAAAGAACCCUGACAAAAUUUUUGGAAGUUCACAUAGCUCUUACUCAACUAAGAAUGACCAGGCUAACAUGGGAGCGACUUCCUAUGAAUAUAAUCAAUGUGAAAGUUACCUCAGCCAAAAACAAGCUUUCAAACUCCAUCAAGAAAUAUAUCCUGGGGUGAAGCUUCAUGUAUAUAAUGAAUAUGUAAAGAUCUUCCCUCAGAAGCUGAUUGAGCAUCAGGACAUUCAUGCUGUAGAAAAAUCCUAUGAGGGCAACCAAGAUGAGAAAGUAUUCACUCCAAAACCCCACACUGACAUACACCAGGGUGUUUCUAGAGGAAAGAAACCCCAUCUAUGUACUCAGUGUGGGAAGUCUUUUACCCUCAAGUCAAACCUCACUACACAUCAGAAAAUCCACACUGGGCACAAACCCUUUAAAUGCAAUGAAUGUGGAAAAGCCUUUUUGCAGAAAUCUGAUCUCUUUAGACAUCUGAAAAUACAUACAGGAGAAAAACCUUAUGAGUGCAGUGAAUGUGGAAAAGCCUUUUUCCAGAAAUCAGAUCUCUUUAGACAUCUGAGAAUUCACACAGGAGAAAAACCUUUUGAAUGCAACGAAUGUGGAAGAGGCUUCUCGCAGAAUUCCGACCUCAGUGUCCAUCUCAGGACCCAUACUGGGGAGAAGCACUAUGAAUGCAGAGAGUGCGGCAAAGCUUUCACAAGAAAAUCAACCCUUAAGAUGCACCAGAGAAUUCACACUGGAGAGAAGCCUUAUGUGUGCAUGGAAUGUGGCCAGGCCUUCAUCCAGAAAUCACAUUUCAACAUGCACUGGAGGAUUCACACUGGAGAGAAGCCUUAUGAGUGCAGCGACUGUGGGAAGUCCUUUACUAAGAAGUCCCAGCUCCAUGUGCAUCGAAGAGUCCACACAGGAGAGAAGCCCUAUGUUUGUACUGAAUGUGGAAAGGUCUUUACUCAUAGGACAAAUCUCACCACACAUCAGAAAACUCACACUGGAGAGAAACCUUAUAUAUGUGCCGAAUGUGGGAAGGCCUUUUCAGAUCAUUCUAAUCUCAUCAAACACCAGAAGACUCAUAGUAGAGAGAAACCCUAUGAAUGUAAUGGCUGUGGAAAAGCAUUUGUAUGGAAGUCACGUCUUAAAAUCCAUCAGAAAUCUCAUAUGGGAGAGAGACACUAUACAUGCAAGGAGUGUGGGAAAGCCUUUAUCCAGAAAUCAACACUAAAUGUGCAUCAGAGAAUCCAUACAGGAGAGAAGCCCUACAUUUGUCCUGAGUGUGGGAAGGGCUUCAUACAAAAAUCCCAUUUCAUUGUACACCAUAGAAUUCACACUGGAGAGAAGCCUUAUGAGUGCAGUGAUUGUGGGAAAUGCUUCACUAAGAAGUCACAGCUUCGGGUGCAUCAGAAAAUCCACACAGGUGAGAAACCCUAUGUAUGUGCUGAGUGUGGAAAGGCCUUCACUGAUCGGUCCAAUCUCAUAGCACAUCAGAAAAUUCAUACCAGGGAGAAACCCUAUAAGUGUAGUGACUGUGGGAAAUCUUUCACCUGGAAGUCACGCCUCAGCGUACAUCAAAGAUCGCAUACUGGAGAGAGGCAUUAUGGGUGCAGCAAGUGUGGGAAAGUCUUUAUGCAGAAAGCAACACUAAGUAUGCACCAGCUAAUUCAUACAGGGAAGAAGCCCUACUCUUGUACUGAGUGUCAGAAGGCCUUCACUGACAGAUCAAACCUCAUUAAACACCAGAAAACCCACAGUGGAGAAAAACUGUAAAGCCAUUGAAUGAGAGAGCCUUUGACUAGAAAUCACAAUGUGCCUAGCCUACAUUGGCUCAGCCUAGCAGCAACAUUUCAUGCUUCAGUCAUAGUACAGAGUAAGCAGAGGUGGUGACUUGAGUGAACAGAGGCAUCGGUGCCAAAAAUGUCCUUUUAUUGACUGAAAAUACAAAUUCUAUAGAAAUCACAAUGUGCCUGCAUCAGUUUGGCUUAGUGGGGAAGAACAUUUCAUGCUGCAAUCAUGGUACAGGGGAAGUAGAGGUGGUGACUUCAGUGAACAGAGGCAAAUGGUGUUAAAACAUCCUUCCGUUGACUAGAAAUACAAGUUCCAGCUUUGUUCCAGUUGACACAGUUAUUUGCAUAGGGAGCUUUUUUAUGUAUUUUA